GUUAAGAAAUUAAGUUGUUCUUAUUAGUUUGGAGAAAACCAUGGAAUUGGAGGCAAGAAGUCUGGGAGACUACGAUCUGGGCAGGAAGAUGGGCGCCGGAUCGUUUGGCGACAUUUUUAAGGCCACACACUUGAGGUCGGGCCUACGAGUGGCCCUCAAGCUGGAGCGCCGCGAUGUCACCAAUCCACAGUUGCUUUUCGAGUACAAUCUGUAUAAAACCCUGCACCUUGGAGUGGGAAUCCCGCAGGUCUACCACUACCACACUACGAAUCUGUACAACGUGAUGGUGAUGGAGCUACUGGGGUCCUCGCUGGAGGAGAUGUUCAACCUAUGCCAGCGUCGCUUCUCCCUGAAGACGGUACUCAUGCUGGCUGUGCAGAUGAUGGAGCGCCUGGAGUUCUUGCACUCGCAUCGUUACCUGCACCGCGACAUCAAGCCGGAGAACUUCGUGAUGGGACGCGGUGAGACCAGUCACCGUCUCUACCUCAUCGACUUUGGCCUGGCCAUCAAGUACUGGGACAUGGUGGAGGACGAGCAUGUGCAGCCCACGUCGGGCACCCGACUCACCGGUACCGCCCGCUACGCCUCCAUAAACGCCCUGCGUGGAGGCGGGCAGUCACGGCGGGACGAUAUCGAGUCCAUGGGCUAUGUCCUCAUGUACUUCCUCAGGGGAAGUCUGCCCUGGCAGGGACUCGUGGCCACCAGUAAGCAGCAGAAGUACGAGAAGAUCACCGAGAUGAAGUUGUCCACCAAAGCGGAGGAUUUGUGCGAAGGCUACCCGGCUCAGUUCUACCACUUUGUCGCCUACAGCCGGGACUUGGCCUUCGACGAGGAGCCGUACUAUGCGAACAUUCGGUACUCCUUUAUAAAACUGAUGAACGAGAACAAGUUCAUCAACGACAUGAUCUACGACUGGGACAUCCUCAAGAAGAGUAUCCUCGAAGCCGUCAAUUUGAAGGAAAAGGACAAGGAGCCAGAAUCCAAAGUAGAAGUCGAAUAGGACUGAAAACCAUGUACAUACAUAUGUUGAAUAAAAACGUCCGACUUUUCCAGUGG